UUGGCUGUAUGUAUUUCAUCUCAUUAUUUUCACAUUGUGUUAGAUUACCAUAGACAAAUACAAAUGUUGCUUAAUCUGCAGUCAUGUCAUUAAUCCACAGAUUACAGAAAUCAUGAUGUCCAGCCAUAAUCCAUCUUUGCUGUGAAUGCGUUUCCUUUCCUUCCCAAAAAGUGAGGUUUAUCCCUAUUUAUAGAUUUUGUAUAAGUUUUGGUGUGUUACUUAUAGUUUUCCGUUUGUGAUAAUUUGUAAGAAACUUAAGGAGAAGAUGUCUUCAGGAAGACCAAUCAAGUGCGUGGUGGUCGGUGAUGGCACCGUCGGAAAGACGUGCAUGCUUAUAUCGUACACCACAGACAGUUUUCCUGGUGAAUAUGUACCCACAGUAUUUGACAACUAUUCGGCACCAAUGGUGGUAGACGGAGUAGCAGUCUCUCUAGGCCUGUGGGACACAGCGGGACAGGAAGACUAUGACAGACUUAGGCCUUUAAGCUACCCCCAGACCGAUGUCUUCCUCAUAUGCUUUAGUGUCACAAGCCCGUCAUCAUACGAAAAUGUUACUUCCAAAUGGUAUCCAGAAAUUAAACACCACUGCCCUGAUGCACCUAUUAUUUUAGUUGGUACAAAGAUCGACUUGCGAGAUGACCGCGAGACACUCAGCCUGCUGUCUGAACAGGGCAUGUCACCGCUGAAGCGAGAACAGGGACAGAAGCUGGCAAACAAAAUUAGGGCUGUAAAGUACAUGGAGUGCUCGGCGCUAACACAACGCGGACUCAAACAGGUGUUCGACGAGGCCGUCCGCGCGGUCCUGCGACCGGAGCCGCAGAAGAGGCAUCAGCGGAAGUGUCUCAUCAUGUAAAUAUGCCAGGACAGCACUGAACGUGACAGCUGAAUCUCCAACAGUAAUAAUCUGUUUCUACACCGGUCACUUGCUCACUAAUCCGUUAUAAUAUAUAGUGCUCAUUCGUGAAUACUAGCUUAGCUGGUAAAUUAACUGCAAAUCUCAAAAUGCUCUCUGGAAUAGGCGCUAUUUCCUUCUCAGAUUAAGAAAUGGCGGCCAAUUAAAACUUUUUAGAAAUAGAACAAUCGCGAUCGAAAUCUAUCUCAGUAUCCAGAUUGUUUACGAAUAAGAAUGGAUCAGUAGGUACCUAUACAACAUUUUAAAAAAGAAACCGCUGUUUGGAUUAUCAUUUAUUAGGCUGAUUUCGUUUGCAAAAGAUAUCUCAUGCAAUACAGCAACUAACGUUUAGCUUUCCUACCUCUCUUGAGAAAUAUUUAAUGAAAACUGGCUUAGUUAUAUUUUGUGUAUUACUAUAUUAAAAAUUAUUUUAACGAGAGCAUAUUCAGUAAAAAAAAUCUGUAUAGGUAAUUACCAAAUAUGUCAAAUGUAUGCCAAUAUAAUAUGAUAUAAUACGAUAUCAUAUUUCCAUCAGCAAUUUCUUUGAAAUCGAAUCAGUACUACUCCCUUUUAAAUGUGCCAUAGACAACAUUCAACUUUUUUUUAUACAUGUGAUAUUCGGAUCAUCACAAUUUAUACAUUGCUGCAGAAGCAAGCAAAUGGUUAUGCCAAAGAUUUAUGAAUAGAUAUAAGUGUCAGUAAAUACGUGUAGAUAUUAUUGUAAAGAAUCUCCAACGGUUAGAAACAAAUUGUUACUGUUAUGAAUAAAAUGAAUACUAUUAUUUUUGUACAUGCAACCUCGAUAGGAAGUUUUGAGAUAUUAUAUUCUUAUGCGACUUCCGAACAAGGACUGACCUUAGAAGCUAGUUAUAUUGACAUACUCAAUUAUAUGUUCAAUAAUUUAGUUGCGAAAA